UUUUUUUUCUUCCAAUUUAUUGUAUUAAUUAUUAUCAUUUUAUCUCUGAUUCCUUUAUAUAAUUUUUCAAGAUUUAAUUCCUCUUUUUUUGAAUUAGUCAUAGUAAACUUUGUCGGAAAUAUGUUUGUAGAAAAGCUCAGUUACUAGCAUAUAAUUUCAUUAAAUUUUCUGUACUCAUUAUAUGCAACAGAAUGACAGAACAGGAAAUUAAAGAUAUCCUUGAUACAGUGAGUGCGGAUGGUAGUAGCGGCUAUAAAGCAGAGAAGGGAAGAUAUCAUUUGUACGUUGGACAUGGUUGCCCAUUUGCUUUUAGAACCACAGUAGCUCGUGUAUUGAAAGGGCUGGAAGAUACCAUCACAGUUGAUGUUGUUGAUCCAAUAAAAAAAGAUCUUGACAAGGGUUGGAACUUCUCUCCUGAAAAGGCUAACUGUACCGCUGACACGGUGUGUGGCAAAAUGUAUUUAAGAGAUGUUUAUAUGCUGUCUCACCCAAAUUACACAGGAAAAAUAUCUGUGCCUGUUUUGUUUGACAAAAAUACAAAGAAAAUAGUUAGCACUGACUCAGCAGCAAUUUUAAGAAUGAUAAAUAACGAAUUUAACGAGUUUUGUGCGACGGAGGAACAAGCAAAACUUGACUUAUAUCCGAAAGAAAAAAGAGAUGAAAUAGAAGAAUUGAAAAAGUGGAUUAUACCAUCAGUUGUCUUCAAUGUUUAUGCUGUUGCGCUGGCAAAGACUCAAGAAGUUUAUGAUGAAAAAGUUACUAAUUUGUUUAACAAUCUAGAUAAGAUAGAUACUAUUUUGGCACAAAAACGAUUCUUAACUGGCUCAAAUAUCACAGAAAUAGAUGUUUUCUUGUUUGCAACGUUACUCCGCUUCGACCCAGUAUAUUAUUCCCUGUUUAAGUGUAACAAAAAAAUGAUGAUGGACUAUCCAAAUAUUUGGCCGUAUCUGAGAGAUCUAUUCCAGACUGGAGAUAUUGCUUCUACUGUUAACUUUGAACAUAUCAAAGCCAUUUACUACGGCAGUUACAAGGAGUUCAAUCCGUCUUUAAUUAUCCCUGCUGGUCCAGUCAUUGACUUUACUGAAGAAACUGAUCGUGCAGAGAUUGGAAAAAACUGAUACUUACAAAAUAUUAUGCGUAACUUUUUUUCAUACAAUUGUUUUUUAAUUUAUUUAUUUUUUAAAUUUUCUGUUUUUUAGCAAUUUAAGGUAUUACGAAGAAAACUGUUUCGUCAUAAGUAAAAUUAAUUUUUUGGGAAUAAAUAUUUUUAGUUACUUUUCGCCAUAUUUGUUAUUUCCUUUUGCGUAAUAUGAAAUUCCUUACAAAUAGUUGGAUGUAAAGUAAUUUAGGAUAAUUUUGCAUUUCGCGAAUAUGUACUUUUGCGAAUGACCAAAAGUUAAUCUCAAUUAAACACUAAAUUUUAUUUGACACUAAAAUAGGCCAUUCUUUUCUGGCGUUUUUGCGAAUUUUACCUCACAGAAUGUCUUUCGCGUUCAUGACUCCGCAAACCGAUGUUUUUAAAAUUUGUUGCCUCCUGAACCUUCACAACUUAAAUUUAAUACGUUUUUGCACCUAAAGUAACGUUAUCACGAUAUCGUAGAAUUACUUAAGCAUUGAUUCCAUAACCUUUUUGUAAAGAAAAAAAUUCAAGAGAGUGAGCAGAAACAGUUUCUAUAAAAUAAAAAUAACUAUGUUAUUACCGUUCACUCGAUUAACGGAGAAAUUCAUUAUAAUAAGCAUUCAAAGUAGCAGAUAGGCAAUUAUAUGAUACGUUAUCCCCGCCCCCCCUUAUUUUUUUUACUAUGAUUACUGGAACAGGGCAAAUACACAAAUAUUUCAAUUUUUGUAUAUUUUAUUUUUUUUUUUUUUUUUUUUUUUAACUUUUCAUUAACUUUAAUAACUAUGUAUUUUUGACUUAAUUUUUCGAUGCCAUGAUAUUAAUGAGUAAGUUACUUCCAAACCGUAUUCAA